AUGCAGCUGACUUUGAAAAGAAAAGAUCAAUUGAAAAAAAAACAAGAACAUGGAAUAAGUGUAUCUGGUGACGGAACGUGGCGAAAACGCGGAUUUUCAUCGUUAUUCGGUUUAGUAAGUCUAAUUGGCUGGUGCAGCGGAAAAAUAAUCGAUUUCGUAGUAAAAUCCAAAUAUUGUAGAAAGUGCGAACACUGGAAGAAACAAUUAGACACCGAAGAAUUUGAGGAAUGGUAUGAAAAUCACGCAGACGAGUGCGAUGCGAAUCAUGAGGGAUCUGCCGGAAAAAUGGAGGUCGACGCAGUGAUCGAGAUGUUUCAUCGUUCAGAAGAAUUGUAUAAAGUUAAAUAUGCCAAUUACAUAGGAGAUGGCGAUUCCAAAACUUUUAAAGGCAUUUUAGAUUCUGAUCCUUAUGAAAAUUUUACUGUUACAAAAAAAGAAUGCAUAGAUCACGUACAAAAGCGUAUGGGAACUCGUUUACGUAAUUUAAAAAAAGCCACAAAGGGCCUAGGAGGAAAAGGAAAAUUAACCGGAAAAUUAAUCGACGAAUUAUCGAUUUAUUAUGGCCUAGCGAUACGUCGAAACCACGACUCAAUCGAAAAAAUGCGGAACAGCAUUUGGGCAACUCUUUAUCAUAAGAUUUCUACGGACGAAAACCCGCAGCACGAACAAUGUCCGCCCGGUGAAGAUUCGUGGUGCUCGUGGCAACGAAUGAAUGCCACCAAUACAUUGGAAGAACAUCAUCAUAAAAUACCAAUUUCCGAAGAGGUAUUCAAAGCCAUAAAACCAAUAUAUGAGGAAUUAAGCAGUGAUGAUCUUCUCACUCGAUGCAUCGGUGGCUACACACAAAAUAGCAACGAGUCUUUCAACGCAACAGUGUGGGCAAUGGCUCCUAAAUCAAUGUCUAGUGGCAAGACAAUUCUGGAUAUCGCCACACAUAUUGCUAUUUGUGUAUACAACGACGGAAUGACCCCGAUUAUGGAAAUUAUGCAGACAUUGGGAAUCAAAAUCGGACGAAAUUGCUACAAUUUCUGCAUCGAAGCCGACGAACGCCGCGUAUUACUGGCUGAAACGAAACUGACUGACGCAGCAAAAUUGGCUAGGCAGGCAUCAAAAUCGACCAGAAAGGAAGAAGAUCAGGAAAAUACCAAUUUGGAAGGCCAAUUAUACGGGGCAGGCAUCGCAGAUUAA